CAUUCAUUGACUCUGAUCUACAGCAAUGACACUAACUGACACAACCUCGCACGUCUCUACCGAUAGCGUGGCUCUCAGCUACAACAAAGCAGACAAACAGACCAACCAAGAUGUCACCAUGUUCUAUCCCACUGCGGAGACAAAUUAUCGUAUUACUCGCGCAAUCGCGCCUAAAGGGAGCAAAUUCCAAGUUGGUGCGCACUGGCAUGAAGACUACGAUGAGUACAUGCGCAUAGUCCAGGGUCGUGCGAAGAUAAGGCUGGGAAGUACCUGGAAGGUGUAUACGCCAGAUGAUGGCGAGAUCAAGAUUCCCAGGAUGGUUGUACAUGACAUUUGCCGGGCAGACAAAGAUGCGAAGCCGGGAGAGGAAGACGACGAGGACAUGAUCCUCGAAGAAUGGAGUGAUCCUUCCGAUGGUGCAAAGGAGAUAUUCUUUCGGCACAUUUUUUCUGUCACAAUCGACAAAGACUUCUUUGGGUGGAAGCUGCCACUACAGCAACUGCUUAUCAUGAUGUCUGCGGAUGGAUACAUUGAGAUCCUACCGGGUCCUGCUGGGUGGUAUGUUACGCAUGGCCUUUAUGCCGCUCUCAAGCCAGUGGCAAAAUUGCUGGGGUUGAAACCAUUUCACGAUGAGUAUACACCAAGUAGGUUAGCAGAUGUAAGGAAGGCGAUGGAGAGUGGAGCAAAGCCGAAGAAAGAUGCCUAAGGAUGGUAAGGAAGCUGUUAGAGGUCUGAUUUUCCAACUCGCGUCGGUAGCCUUGUUAUACCUUCGACAUUCCGGUACGGCCUUAUGAUUCACUUGUAUGUACCAGUC